CUUGCUCUCCUCUCUUCUCUCUUCUCCAAUGGCGGAACUAAUAAUAGCAGGAUGGUUCGUGUCCUCCGUCGUUGCCAAAGUGACGGACAUAAUCAAAUUCUACAUCAAGAACCAGAUCGAGUACCGGAAGGACAAGAAGUGGAAGCUACAUGAACUGGAGAAACACCUCCGAAAGAUUCAGGCGGCCAUCUUCGAAGUUGGCAAGAGACGGAUCACGAACCCGAGCUUGGAAGCUUGGCUGUGGGACGUCAAGGAUGCUGUUUACUCUGUGGAGGACAUCAUCGAUGACUUCCACUACAAGUUGGAGGAGAAGGCCAGAAGCGAGGGCGAGGGCGAGGGCAAGGUCAGUAGAGUUUCAUUACUCGCUCAAAAAGUAGGAGCUGAAACUAAAGAAUUCUUGAAGGCAUUUGCUUUUGCUUCUGAAACAACUUCAAAGUUAAACACCGCUGUCCAGACAUCCGCUAAACUAGUUGAACAAAUCAGUAUACUCGUUUCGGGAGCACAAUUCAGUGUAGUCACUAACAAGCAACAUGGAGUAGCCAUCCCCGAUUGGCGAAGAACAACUUCCCCAACCAAGUCGACCUGCUCGGCCAGGGGACGGCAACACGACAUAGACAGGCUACUGAACAUGAUAGGUGAUGCAUCAGGGGACGACAAGUACUCUGUUGUCGCUAUUGUAGGACACGGUGGGGUGGGGAAGACACACCUCGCUAGGCUCGUCUAUAACAUUGUCAAAAAAGAGAAAAUAUUUCAUAUCAUGGUGUGGGUGUGUGCAUGCAACAAUUUUGAUGUCAGAAGGCUUUCCAUAGAGAUGGUGGAAUCUGCUGCAAUUAAAAGGCCUAGCGAUUUGCAUACGAUCAGUAAUUUGGAGGAGAUUCAGAACAUUCUUGGGGAGGGGCUGAUGGGCAAAAGGUUUUUGAUUGUUUUGGACGAUGUGUGGGAGGAAUCCAAUACUAACUGGGAGAACCUUUGCGUCCCACUUAAUUCUGGAGAAAAGGGAAGCAAGAUUGUGGUGACGACCACCAACCAAAACGUCGCAAAGAUGAUGCGGACCAAAGAAAUCAUACAUCUCGAUGGCGUAGAGGGAGAGGAGUGCUGGGAAUUAGUCAGAGAACACGCACUGGGUGAUCGAAACCAUAUUGCCAUACCUCACAAGUUGGAGUCCAUAGGCAGGAAAAUAGCUAAGAAGUUGGGGGGCUCGCCACUAGCAGCGGUGACCGUAGGGCGUGCUUUGGAGUCCAAGUUAGAGGAAGAACACUGGAGGCGAAUCUUGCGUAAAAGAAUUUGUGAGGUCAAACAAACCGAAGGUGACAUUGUGGCGGUGCUGAGAUUGAGUUAUGAAGACCUACCUGCCCACCUAAAGCAGUGCUAUCUUUCUUGCUCGUUGUUCCCAAGGAACCACUGCUUUGAGAAAGAUGAGCUGGUAAGAUUUUGGAUGGCCCUAGGCUUCGUUCGGGGGGAUGACGAGACCACCAUAACGGAGGACAUAGGCGAGGAGUUGAUCGAAGAGCUGUCGAGCAGAUCCUUUUUCGUGAAUGCAAAGAGAAGGCACAACAAGUUUGAGCUCCACCCUAUCCUGCAUGAGUUUGCAGAAUGUGUUUGUGAUGGUGAGUACUUUAGAUUCGAGGGUAUCAAAUCCAGCAAGCCAAUUAGAAUCCCGAACAAGGCCCACCAUGUUUAUGUUGCUGCCGAUGAUCUCAUCGCGGUUACCGAAACUUUGUGCGAGAAGAAAGAGAUACGCAGUCUUGUAGUCGCUGGGAGGCUAUCGUCCACUCAAAAGGAUAUCAAGUCAAAAUAUAAUCUAUCCCUUGAAAUGGUUUUGAAGAGUUUGGAAAGCCUACGUUUGUUAGUAGUUUCUGAACUCGCAAGUGGUUUGCCUGAGGCUAUUGGUGGAUUGAAACACCUUCGGCACCUGGAGGUGCCUGGAAACGCCAUCACGGAGUGGCCCAAGUCAUUCUGCAAGCUCUACCAUCUGCAGUGGUUGAUUCUGAGGAUGCAUUCCAAGAGUGUUUCGCUGCCAGAUGACAUGAACAAGCUAAGCAACCUACGUUGUGUAGAUGCAGAUACCGAAGCAAUUGCAGCCCUUCCGUGGAUUGGAAAUCUAAUUUAUCUUCAAGAAUUAAGGGACUAUCGCAUCCAACGCAAAAAGAAAGGAUUCGAUGUAGGGCAACUGAAGCACAUGAAUCAGCUCCGCAGACUCUGCAUCAGAGGUCUCCAGCAUGUAGAGAGCAGGGAACAGGCAGCAGACGCUGUGUUAGAGGACAAAGAGCACCUUCGCUGGCUGGAACUGUGCUGGAGCAAUGAAGGGAAACCCAUAGCUCCCACUGCAUGCAAAGACUCUCUGGAAGGACUCCGACCGCACCCGGAUCUUAGAGAGCUGAACAUUAAUGGCUACAAGGGUCACCGACAUCCGUGUUGGAUGGAGAACAAAUAUUUGCUGGGAUUAGAGAGGUUAGAGAUGUGGUCUUGCCAUCAACUGACAUCCCUCCCCCCUCUCGGGGAGCUUCCUUUUCUCAGGGUUCUGCACCUAAGACGUAUGGAAGAGGUGGAAGAGGUUGUUAGUUUGGCAACUCUAACAGAGGUGGGUGCUGAGUUUUAUGGCAGCACAGAUGCACCAUUCCCAUCGUUGGAGGAGCUUUGGUUAGAUAACGAACCAGUGGAAGAAGUGGGACGUGGAGGCGAAGCAACGCCGUGA